UUAGAGAAACCGGUUGAAUCUACCACUAAACCGAUCUUGAAAUAAAAUCCAGAAGCCAACCUGUGGCUAUGGCUCUGAUACCAUGUAGAGAAAUAUAGCAGAAGAAAAGUAAAUCGGAGAAACCUUCUGCUAGCCCAAGAUCGUAACUAAGAUCGGAAGAUUCAACUAAAGAAAAGGAAGCUAUGAAAAGGAGAAUUUGGUUAUGGAAGAAAAAUUUUCUUGAAUUGGCUUGAAUGACUUACAAUUGGGGUUGGUUACAAAUGACUAAGGUCAUCCUAAAACACUAUGUCUCUGGCUAGCCUAAAGAAUCUGACAUGGAAAUCAAGAAAACCAACAUUAAACUGAGUGUUGGAGAAGGAUGUAAUGGUGUGCUUUUGAAGAAUCUUUACUUGUCAUGUGAUCCUUACAUGCGUACUCGCAUGAAGAAACUUGAGGAGGGUAGCUAUAUAAUUGAGUCCUUCACUCCUGGCUCUCCUAUCACGGGAUUAGGAGUGGCUAAAGUAUUGGAAUCUGUUGAUUCAAACUUCCAGAAAGGUGACUUAGUUUGGGGAAUGACUGGAUGGGAGGAGUAUAGUAUUGUAACAGAUACUCAGUCUCUGCUUAAAAUUCAUGACAAGGAUGUGCCUCUUUCUUACUAUACUGGAAUCCUUGGGACGCCUGGAUUGACAGCAUAUGCUGGUUUUUAUGAGGUGUGCUCCCCCAAAAAGGGAGAAACUGUCUUUGUUUCAGCUGCUUCUGGAGCAGUUGGUCAGCUUGUUGGCCAAUUUGCAAAGAUUUGGUUGCUAUGUUGUUGGUAGUGCUGGAACCAAAGAGAAGGUAAGUUCCUUGUAUUUCCCUUUGUUGAAUCCGAAUAGUGCCUAAAAUUUGGUAUCUCAUUUAACUCUAACAUAGAGUAGAUCUCAUGGGCUGACUAACUUUGGGAGGGAGAGAGAGGUUUAAAUAUAAUUGAAGUCCGACUCUUUAUUCUUGUACGAAACUAGUUAGA